AUGUAUUAUCUUGGUGAAUUGGCUGAAAUAAUAGCUUAUUUUGAUCAAAGAGUCUUUCUUUUCAUGGCAAUGGUUCAAUUUCAAUCCCUCUUCCCUGCUCAAUAUCUCUGUAUGCACAUAUCCGGAACUAGCCAUAAUGGAAGCAGCAGAAGUAUUCAAGUUUCAUGCAAAAGCUCUAACAAAUGGGCCGUUCAAGAAGAUCCUUUCAGAGCAAACUCUCAUCUCCCAACGAGCAAGAUGGAUUUAAGAGAAUUGAAUCACUUUGAAGAGGAGAUUGAAUUACUUUUACAAAAGGAGUAUGCGGAAAGUGCUUGUUUUCUCAAAUAUCAAUCCCCUUUUGAGGUUUCUCUUUGUUUCAGACUUUUGAGACAAGAAGAUUUAUUUAAAAAGUUCAAGAACAAUGAUGAUGGGGCGUUUGGUUUUAACCUGAACCAAGAUGUAAGUGGAUUAAUUGGUCUAUACGAAGCGGCACAGCUUGGUAUUGAAGGAGAACACAUACUUGAUGAACUUGCAAAUUUCUUGCAAGCAUGUCUUGCACAUAAUGACUCAGGUGGUCAAGCUAGAAUCAUUAAAGAAACAUUGGAGUAUCCAUAUCACAAGACCUUAGCAAGUUUCAAGGCCAAAAGCUUCAUCAAUAACUUUAAAGGAAUUAAUGGAUGGGGAAGAAGCACCUUGCAAGAAUUGGCAAUUAUUGACUACUCCAUAACCCAAGAGACACAUCAACAUGAACUGGCUCAAGUUUCCAGAUUCAUUUAUGGUGGUACUGUUAAAUUGGUUGCUAUGAUUACUUUGGCCUAA